AUGAGUGAAGCAAAAGUGAGACCAGAUUGCCAUCUUGGACAUAUUUUAUUAAAACAUAUGAGAGAACAUUCCGAAAAAUUGUGCCAGAUUGACGGAGCGACUGGUGAACAAGAAACAUUUCAAUCGGCACUAAGUCGUUCUAUUGCCCUGGCGAAGGCUUUCAGGGAAGUUGGUUUCAAAUCUGGGGAUAUCCUCGCUUUUGGAGGCCAGAAUAACCUCGAUCUACACAUACCGUUUUACGCUGCUAUCUUCAACGGGUAUCCUGUUGUUGGGGUAGAUCCUUACUAUAAAUAUGAUGAAAUAAGAAAGCUUUUUGAAAUAACAUCACCGAAAAUCGCUUUCUGUGAGAGAGAAUCUUACAGUACUUACGUCAAUGCUUGUCACGAUUUAGGAUUGGAUACUAAAGUGAUAAUAUUUGGACGAGGUGUUAAUUCACUACAAGAGUUCUUAGACGCCAACAAAGAUGAUGAACCGGAGGAAAAAUUUAUGGUGGCCGAGUUUGACACAGAUGCUAUUUAUCAAUUUCUGAUAUGCACAAGCGGUACCACAGGAUCUGUGAAGGUAGCCGCGUUCCACCACCAACCAGCAACAACAUGGAUAACUCAACAUGCAUACGGAUCUAGGGCGUUACAAUUGGACGGCAGAGUUGUACUGAACGUGUCCCCAGUUAAUUGGAUAUCCAGUUAUUUUAUUAGCACAGUCGCGAUCAUUGCGGGGCAGUGUCAACUGCAAAGUUCCAUUCUUGAUAACAUCGAUAUUAUCAUUGACAUGAUCAACAAGUACAAGCCAGUGAUAAGCGCAAUGAGCCCAGCUCUGGUGACUUCUUUAUUGAAACGUAAAAACGAAGUGAACCUCACUUGCUUCAGAGUUCUUGCGGUGGCUGGAGCCAAAGCUCGUCCCGAGACUAUGAUAGAACUAAGGUCAUGUAUGAACAAAGAGGCGUUAGCCGCAGAAAGUUAUGGAUCGACUGAGACCGUGGGAUCCAUAGUCCGCGUCACUCCUGACACACCGUUGGGUAGUUGUGGAAUUGCUUAUGCCAACAGAGUAAUGAAGUUAGUGGACCCGGAAACAGAGGAAGAAAUCACGGAAGCCAAUGUACCAGGAGAACUUAUAGUGAAGGAUCCAGGUUUUACGGAAUAUUACAACGACCCAGAGGAAACUGCGAAAGUGUUUAGACCGGAUGGUUUCUUCAAGACCGGAGAUCUUCUGUACAGAGAUGAGAACAACUUCUACUUUUAUGUGGAUCGGAUCAAAACGCUGAUCAAAUAUAGGAAUUUCCACAUACAACCAAGUGAAUUGGAGGAUGUAAUAAAAGCAAAUCAAGACGUAAGCGAUGUCUGUGUAAUCGGUGUGGAUAAUCCUGAAGAUGGCCAGCACCCUGUUGCGUGUAUCGUGCCAAGAGAUGGCGCUACUGUUACUAGGCAGGAGAUUAAACAGCUUGUCUCUGGCAAACUGUCUAAGCAAAAAGAGCUGAGAGGUGGUGUGGUCUUCCUCAAAGAGUUGCCGAGAACAUCUACAGGAAAGAUAGCAAGGAAGAAACUAUUGGAACUUGUCCUCAAUUCUAAAAGGGAAUAA